ACGGGUGAGGGACGUCGAAGGAUGCGCGCGUGACUCUCUCUGUGCUCUGUGAAUGUAUUGCUUGAAUCCAGCUGUUGAUGGUGGUUGUGUUUGUAGUGUUUUGUGUCUUCGUCUCAAAGGUUAUGGAUUAUUGAUUACAGAGAUGUCCCGUCCGAGAAGUACAAACCGCUCAGAUGAGCGGGAAGAGAACCCGUAGUUUCAAGAUCGCUGUGCAGCACCGGGAUAGAGAAGAAUUGCUGAGGGAGAGGGAUAGAGCCCUAUUCCACAGCAUGGUGGCAAAGAUUGCUCACCAUUUCUUGGCCGACGACAGGGACCGGAAGUACUAUGCGGACCGGUAUACGUGCUGCCCACCACCCCUGUUCGUUCUGCUCGUUACUCUAGUCGAGCUGGGCUUUUUCACAUACUAUACAGUGUCUACUGGCAUGGUGACAACUACAGGCCCAGUACCGAUCGACAGUCCUUUCAUCUACAGGCCAGACAAACGAGAUCAAGUGUGGAGGUUUCUUUUCUAUAUGCUACUUCAUGCUGGGUGGAUUCACUUACUAUUCAACCUGCUGGUUCAGGUUCUAGUAGGACUUCCCUUAGAAAUGGUUCACGGAUCUCUCAGGAUCGGAACUGUGUACAUGGCUGGUGUGCUCGCAGGUUCCUUGGGCACUUCAGUUUUCGAUACAGACGUCUAUCUGGUCGGGGCGUCGGGAGGUGUAUACGCGCUGCUGGCGGCCCACUUGGCCAAUGUUCUGCUGAAUUAUAACCAGAUGGAAUUUGGGCUAGCAAGGUUAGGAGGCAUUUUUGUCAUAGCGAGUGCCGAUGUCGGAUUUGCCAUCUACGACAGAUACGCAGUCGAACAGCAAGGGCCCCCCGUCUCCUACGUAGCUCAUCUGACAGGGGCCCUUGCAGGACUAACAAUCGGACUUCUAGUUUUAAAGAAUUUUGAACAGAAGCUCCACGAGCAAGUUCUAUGGUGGGUGGCGCUGGGUGUUUAUGCGGCAUGCACUCUCUUUGCCGUCCUCUUCAACAUCUUCAACUACUAGUGAAACCCUCUAUCGGGUUGGAAGCUUUUUUCUCUCAGGGAAGAAACUUGUGACCUCUUCCAAAAAAAAUCUCAUCAAAAAUUCAAUUUUUUUUUUAAUUGGGAAGAUAUUUUCACUUUCCAGUAAUGCUUUAUUUUUGUGACAAUUGUACCAGUUAUCACAAAAUAUGAAAGACUGAGGCUCGAUUCCAAACUUCGCUGCAGUCUAACAAUGAAUUUAGUGUUGUUAUGCAAUAAGUUAUUUUUCUCCUCAUUUUAUAUAUUUGUUAAUUGGAAAAAUUGUUUUCCUUUUAAAAUAAGAAAAUAUAUUUGUUAUGACACCAUGUGACUAUGGGCAAAUAAAUACUGAUGAGCAGCGAAAUAUAUUCAAAAAGUCUAUAUCAGAUUCCCCGCCACCACCACCACCAAUGAAUUCCAUGUAACUUUCAUCUCAGGAUAUUUUCUACUACCUUUGUGAAAUGAAUACUCAACUUCAACUCGAACCCCCAAGUGGAGUUUGGGGCAUCAUGACCCUUAAAUUGCUGCAGGACAAUUACCUUUUAAAAAUAUCACUACUGUUGGAAUUUGUGCUUCACUGCCAUCGAGAAUAUUUUUUGUCUCAGGAUCAUCUCCAUCUUUUGCAUUUAUUGUGGAUUGUCGAUUCAAGAUCCCCUGAUCGACACGUUGCAAGUCGACGUGUUUGUAGUGUAGUGUGGUAAAAUUCACUUGGAUGAAGACUUUUCAAGGAAUGGCUUCCAACAUACAGACUGGAUAUUUCUGAAUCCGACAUCCCAUCAUCCUUGAUCAUUCAUGCAAAGUAUUUCCCAAACUAAUGUACAGCAGUUUUUCUACAUUGUAUACAACAAAAGUGAUGUGAUGAAUAAGAUUUAUGUAAAUCAUUUUUCUAAGUCAAAUCUAGAUAGUAUAGUUUAUUUAAAUGUAACGUCUGUAUGCGUGUCUGUGAUGUUGUGUAAUUCUUUUCUGAGUGAAUGGGGCCAUGUCGUUGUGCCGCUGAGUGUUAAGUGCCUAGUUGGAUGACUUCAAGAAUUGCUUCAAUUUUUUGGAACUGAAUAUUUGUAAAGUGUGAAAAAUCUCUUAGCUUUUUCCAAUAUAAGAUGAAAAGUGUUGUAUAAAAUAGUUAGUAUAAGUUAAUUGCAGGCAUUAACACUUCACAUAGUUAUUGAACUUCAUUUAAAACUAAAAACUCCGUUCGAUUCUUUUUUUUUUUUUUUUUUUUUUUAAUUGUGUUAGAGUUAUGAUAUAAACCAUUAUUCUCCUAAAUAAUAUGCAAGAAGCAAAACGCCUAAUAGAUUCAAUUUAAGUGUGUCAAAUCAAGAACGUAGUCAUGUAAUCAGACAUGUGAUCGUUAAAUUAAAACACAAUCGAAAUAAGUAAAGAAGUUUUUGAACAAAUCUUAAGGUAUUUAGGUUUAGUAAUGUAACAGAAAUUUAAUUUUAAAAUAUUCUCCUUUUUUCUGGAGAGAGAAGACUUUCUCAGGAAAAUUUGCAAUUUGAUAUAUAAUUACAACGAAAUUCAUAUUCCAGAAUGCUUAGUUACUGAAAAUGAACAUUGGUAAUAAAUAGCAACCAGGUAUGUUAAAUUAAUAAAAAUUAAUUUUAAUUUAGUUAGUAAAUAAUCAAAAAAAAUUUUAAUUUCGAUAUUUUUCGUACGAUUUUCUCAUAACAAAUGUUGAAAAGAAAGGGCAUUCAAUAAAAUCAUUAUCACGGCAUAAAAUUUUCUGCAUUUUCGUAUUAUAAAACUCACUGCAAAAAAUUACUUUAAGAACUUUCAAAUAUUUGUUCUCAGAAAGAAAUUCAUAAGUUUAUAUUCAAUAAUGAAAUUCAGAAAACAGUAUUUUAGAAUCGCAUGUAAGAAUAGAAGUAUUAAAUAUAUCACAUUAAUAUCCCUUUUAAUCAAAAUUUUCAAAAUAAUAUUUUAAUUUUAAUAGUUUGAAAGUUUUACUAAUUAUUAAUUUAUGAUUGCUGAUUAUAAAUUAGUUUUGUCAAAGUGCAAAGUCAACAGUAAUUACAAUCGAUUUAAGAAAUAACUGCCGAUGGACUAUUUGCAAUUAUGGAGUUAUUAAAUUCUUGCUCACAACGGGUAAUUCCAAAUAAACUCAUUAUCAAAAAGUCAGGAUAUAUAUUCAUUCCAUUAGCAGUUUUAUUUUACACGUUAAUUUAAUUGCACAUAAACUUAUUAUCAAAAAAGUCAGAAAAUGUAUUUAUUGCAUUAGUAGUUUUAUUUUAAUUGUUUCUAAUUUAAUUACAUGUAAACUUAUUUAUUAUCAAAAAGUCAGAAUUGAUAUCAUUGCAUUAGGAGUCUGAUUUUACUUGCUUUUAAUUUAACUACACAUUAACUUAUUUUCAAAAUAUCAAAACAUCAUUUAGCUAUUACAUUUAUAUAUAUAUAUAUUGCAAUAUUAUGGAGAAAUCUGUUGCAUUACUGUCUAUUUUAAAUCAAAUUUAUUAAAAUAUCAUUAAAACAUUUUCGUUCACCUAUAAAUUUAUUUUUAGUUAAUUAUUUCAUAAACAACACUUUACCGGUUUACACUGUAUUAUUAUUUGUACCAGGCAUCCUGUAAUGUAACGCAUUUCCUAAUGCUUCGAAUUGCAUACCAACUAUUUUCUAUGCACUUCUGUCAUCCCAAGUCAUAAAUGUAUCUGUGGUGUGAAUGAAAUGUAUGAGGAGUGUGAUAUUUAAUAACGGAAUGAUUAAAAUGAAAAUUAUUAAGUGUGAUUGAAACUGCUAAAUCCAGAAGGUUUUUGAAAUUUUUUUAACAUUCAUGUUGUUAUGUAAUUAUGUUUAAAUUUUUAAUUAAAAUUUAGUUCAGCUAAAGCAA